ACACACCCGCUAGGCCCAGCUGGGUGGUUCCCUCGUGCUAGACUUGUGCAUGUUGUCCCUUCUGCAUUUCGGAGAAGAUGGCGUCGCAGAGAGGAGUCCCUAUAAGUAAGCUAUGUCCAAAGUUCCUCCACACAAACUCCACCAGCCACACCUGGCCCUUCAGCGCCAUCGCUGAACUAAUAGACAAUGCCUAUGAUCCUGAUGUUAACGCCAAGCAGUUCUGGAUUGAUAAGACCCAGAUCAAAGACCAAGACUGCCUCAUCUUCAUGGACAAUGGAAAUGGAUUGGACUAUGAAAAGAUGCACAAGAUGCUCAGUUUCGGUUACAGUGAUAAGAGGGUCAUAAAUGGCAAAUACCCGAUUGGUCUCUAUGGUAACGGCUUCAAGUCCGGGUCCAUGCGUCUGGGGAAAGAUGCCAUUGUGUUCUCCAAGUCGCAAGACGGAGACACCAUGCAAGUAGGCAUGCUCUCCCAGAGCUACUUGGCACAGAUCAAAGCAGACGAGAUCAUUGUGCCCAUCAUCUCCUUCCAAUGUGUCCCACACAGCCAGUAUAAGUUCUAUGUGAAUGAGAAGCACAAGGCUAGUCUGCAGGACAUCCUGCGCUACUCUAUCUUUAAUACUGAGAACGAGCUGCUCGAGGAGCUCAAAGCCAUCAGCUCCACAGGCUCCUCGGGAACACGCAUUAUCGUCUGGAACCUGCGCAGGACGAUAACAGGUCCGACAGAAUUUGAUUUCACGACAUUCAGCGACGACAUCAAAAUCCCAUUGGAUGUAUUGGAGAGCACAACUGAGCAAUACAGACAGUCAGAGCUGCUCACAAAACCAGAGAGUUACUACUCACUACGUGCAUACUGCAGUAUUCUGUACCUGAAGCCCCGGAUGCAGAUCAUAAUUCGAGGUCAGAAAGUGAAGACUGAGCUCAUCUCCAAGAGCCUGGCUUACAUUGCUAAGGACCAUUACAAGCCCAACUUUGUGAACAGACGCAUCCCCGUGACCUUUGGGUACAACACCAAGAGCAAGGACCAAUAUGGCAUCAUGAUGUACCACAAAAACCGCCUUAUCAAAGCCUAUGAGCGAGUGGGCGUUCAACUCAAGGCCAACAUCCAAGGUCUCGGGGUCAUUGGGGUCAUCGAGUGUAACUUUCUGGAGCCCACCCACAACAAGCAGGAUUUUGACAAUACUGACAAAUACAGGAAAACCAUCAACAACUUGGGGUUAAAGCUGGAGGACUACUGGAAAGAGAUACGCUUUAAGAGAAACAAAGAAGAUCCUAGCAGCACCACACCAGUGGAAGACACCAUGAAACGUCCAGACCAGAACUGGGUGCAGUGUGACACCUGCCUGCGCUGGAGGAAGCUGCCAGAUGGAAUUGAUUGCAAACGGCUCCCAAAGGAGUGGUUCUGCCACAUGAACCCUGACCCCCAGUUCAGGAGCUGCACGGUAGAGGAAGAGCCUGAAGACGCCGAUGAUGACCAACCUUCAUACCAGAAAACCCACAAGCAGCAUGAAAGGAACACCAAAAUGAAGCCGGAUAAGAAACGACAACAGAGUGAAGAUGAGCAGAUGCAGAUUAAGGCGCUGGCUCAGAAGAACAAGACUCUGAAGCACCAGAGGAUCUCUUGCCUCACCAAAGCAUCCCCGCCAACCCCUCCGGCCCCGCCAACCCCUCCGGCCCCGCCAACCCCUCCGGCCCCGCCAACCCCUUCGGCCCCGCCAACCCCUUCGACCCCGCCAACCCCUCCGGCCCAGUCAACCCCUUCAAACCCAAGAAUGAAGAGAACCCUGGCCAUGACCCCUGAAAGGGAGACAAAAAGACCCAGGUUGAAUGGUUUCCACAACAACACCCCCAUGGAGACUGUAUCACCAGCUGCAGAAACAACCAUGUCAUCCACGUUAGUCGUCAUCCCUGUUGACGAUGACGACGAUAACAUCAUGGAUGAUGAGGACAUUAUGAUCUUGGAGAUCAACAGCACCCCUAUUCAAAAGAAGGCAACCUUUGACCUUGCCAUAGUAAAAUCAGAGCGCAGGGCCUUGGAGACACUUUCUGGCACUGGCAACGUUAAAACUAGCUGCACAGGAACAAGCUCUGUGGAGACGGGAACUGCGGCGACCAGCUACUCCUCUCCACCACCUUCCUCAGAGCAGGUGAGCAUCACCACCCAGACAAAGAUAUGGAGCACAGUGAAGGACGAAGAUGAGGAGCACAAGGAGGAAAAAGGGAGGGACAGAACCGAACCAGGCCCUUCCACACCAAACCCACCCUCUGCUGGCCCAUCCACACUAGGCCCAUCCUCUUCUGGUCCAUCCGCCCCAGACCCAUCAGACCAUCCUAUGAUUGACUUCCGUAACCUGUCAGAGGCCCAGGAGCAGCAGGACCAGCUGCUGGAGCUCAUGCAGGCUGCAGCCCACGAGAGGGACCAGUUCAAGGAGCAAGUCAUCAAGUUGACCUCCCAGCUCCAUAACCUGGAGGGCAGCAUGCAGGAGCUCUCCCAGGCCACUGUGAAGGGAGAGCACUGCCACCAGGCCUGUCAGACUGGAGAAAGAGGGGAAGAAGGAGAGCAGUCGGAGAGGAUUAAGGUUGAGAUUAUAGAGGAGGAGAGGGGCAACCUCUGGUCUCUUUGUGAGACGCUGCAGCAGGACGUGGUGGAGCUGAGGAGGGAGAAACAAGAGUGGGAGCGAGAGAAACAGGAGAGAGAUAAAAAAGAGAAACAGCUGAGAGAGAAACAGGAGAGUGAGGGAGCUCAGACAUCAGCUGACCAGACAGAGAGACUGAGGGAGCUUCGGAGGAGCAUUGGUCGUCUCCUGGUCACAUUUGUCCCAGCGCUGGACCUCGAACAAGUAAACUAUGACUGUUCAGUCAUUGACGAGAUCCUCGACCAGGUUCUUACUGACGUGGAGUCCAUGGGGCCUGUGUAGGGGCCUGUGGGCGGGAUAUGGAUGGAGGGGUUGUCAUCCAUCUUACUCUGUAAGGUGAGGCAAACCUGGGGAUAGUCACAGAUGAUUCCUGCCUAUCCCUUUUUACACUAUUUAAACUUGUUUUAUAGGGAUUUCUUUUACCAAAAAAAAGGAAAUGAACACAUAAUACCCCAUAAUGACAAAGUAACAACAGGUUUGUUGACAUUUUUGCAAAUCUAUUAAAAAUAAUAAACAGAUACCUUAUUUACAUAAGUAUUCAGACCCUUUUAUGAGACUUGAAAUUGAGCUCAGGUGCAUCCUGUUUCCGUUGAUCGUCCUUGAGAUUGAUCAUCCUUGUAAAUUAAAUUGAUUGGACAUGAUUUGGAAAGGCACACAACUUUGAAGGUCCCCAAGAACACAGUGGCCUCCAUUCUUAAAUGGAAGAAGUUUGGAACCACCAAAACUCUUCCUAGAGCUGCCUGCCCGUUCAAACUGAACAAUCGGGGGAGAAGGGCCUUGGUCAGUGACGUGACCAAGAACCCGAUGGUCACUUGCAGAGCUCCAGAGUUCCUCUGUGGAGAUGGGAAAACCUUCCAGAAGGACAACCAUCUCUGCAGCACUCCACCAAUCAGGCCUUUUAUGGUAGAGUGAGUGGGCGGAAGCCACUCCCAAGUAAAAGGCACAUGACAACCCGCUUGGAGUUUGCCAAAAGGCACCCCAAGGACUCUCAGACCAUGGUCUGAUGAAACCAAGAUUGAACUCUUUGGCCUGAAUGCCAAACGUCACGUCUGCAGGAAACCUGGCACCAUCCCUAGGGUGAAGUAUGGUGGUGGCAGCAACAUGUUGUGGGGAUGUUUUUCAGUGGCAGGGACUUGGAGACUAGUCAGGAUCGAGGUAAAGAUGAGCGGAGCAAAGUACAGAGAGAUCCUUGAUGAAAACCUGUUCCAGAGCCCUCAGGAUCUCAGACAGGGGUGAAGGUUCACCUUCCAACAGGACAAUGACCUCAGGCACAUUUGUGGCCUGCUGGAGGUCAUUUUGCAGGGCUCUGGCAGAGCACCUCCUUGCACUAAGGCGGAGGUACCGGUCCUGCUGCUGGGUAUUUGCCCUCCUACGGCCUCCUCCACGUCUCCUGAUGUACUGGCCUGUCUCCUGGUAGCGCCUGCAUGCUCUGGACACUACGCUGACAGACACAGCAAACCUUUUUGCCACAGUUCGCAUUGAUGUGCCAUCCUGGAUGAACUGCACUACCUGAGCCACUUGUGUGGGUUGUAGACUCCGUCUCAUGCUACCACUAGAGUGAGAGCACCGCCAGCAUUCAAAAGUGACAAACAUCAGCCAGGAAGCAUAGGAACUGAGAAGUGGUCUGUGGUCACCACCUGCAGAAUCACUCCUGUUUUGGGGGGUGUCUUGCUAAUUGCCUAUAAUUUCCACCUUUUGUCUAUUCCAUUUGCACAACAGCAUGUGAAAUGUAUUGUCAAUCAGUGUUGCUUCGUAAGUUGACAGUUUGAUUUCACAGAAGUGUGAUUGACUUGGAGUUACAUUGUGUUGUUUAAGUGUUCCCUUUAUUUUUUUGAGCAGUGUAUAUAUAUAUAUAUAUAUAUAUAUAUAUAUAAAUUUGCACACAUAAAAACCUGUUUUUGCUUAUUCAUUAUGGGGUAUUGUGUGUAGAUUGAUGUGGGGGGGGAAACCAUUUAAUCAAUUAUAGAACAAGGCUGUAACGUAACAAAAUGUGGAAAAAGUCAAGGGGUCUGAAUACUUUCCGAAUGCACUGAGUAUACAAAACAUCAAGAACACCUGCUCUUUCCAUUACAUAGACUGUCCAGGCGAAUCUAGGUGACAGGUAUGAUCCCUUAUUGAUUUCAGUUGUUAUAACCACUUUGUUUAUUGUAGAUGAAGGGGAGAAGACAGGUUAAAGAAGGAUUUUGAGAUUGAGACAAUUGAGAUAUAGAUUAUUAGAUUAUAUGUGUGCCAUUCAGAGAGAGGGGGGGGGUGUGUUCCUAUUAGGAAGGUAUUCCUAAUGUUUUCUAUACUUUUUAAAAACUUAUUUUGUUCUAUGACCAUGGUGAUGUGGAAAUUCUUGCACAGGGACACUCGAGGUCAAUCUGGUAGCUGGUUGAGAGAAUGCCUAGAGCGCGCAAAGCUGUCAUCAAGGCAAAGGGUGGCUAUUAGAAGAAUCUCAAAUAUAAUUUGUUUUGAUUUGUUUAACACUUUUUUGGUUACUAAAUGAUUCCAUAUGUGUUAUUUCAUAGUUGAUGUCUUCACUAUUAUUCUACAAUGUAGAAAAAGGUAAAAAAAAUAAAGAAAAACCCUUGAAUGAGUAGGUGUUCUAAACCUUUUGACCAGUAGUGUACAUCAAACUCCACUGAUGAGACAUGUUAUCGUCAUAUAAUCAAAAUGAGUCAUGUUAUCCUUGUUACUAAUCGAGAUUAGGAAUCUAAACAUGUUUUCCUUGUUACUAAUCGAGACAUCUCCUGAGACAGGUUGUCUCGUAAGAGAUUUCUGACAUGUUAUCCUCUACUGUAGAUAACGUUAUAGAUCAGCUCACACACAACUGGCAAACUCAGCUCACAUUCACUCCAUAUUCACACUUACUAGUCCUCUGACAGCUCUCAUUCACUAAAUACUUAAUAGCUCAAUUUCAAUCCUUUUAUUGUCCAAAUUUCAAUCAGCUUAUUAUCCAGAUUUCAAUCUUAGUACUAAUCAUUUCAUUCCAUUUCUUAACCACAUUUCUAUCAGUUUGAUAUCAAAUUUCAAACAUUAUCCAAAUUUCAGUUUAAUAUGUAUUUUCUCACAAUCACAGAACUUUCACAUCCACAUUCACUUAGUUCUAUUACCCAUGUGCAUCUUCAAAGAUUAUCUUGCCACUACUUGCUAUACAUAUAAAUAACACCCCAUAUUCAAAAAUACCUUGUGUUAUUUUUUAUUGGCAGCAGACCACAGACAUUUCUUUUAAAUGCCUACAGUCGGCUGUCAGCGGGGCUUUCCAUGGUACCGUUACGCCCUCGUCCUAGUUCUCAUAAGACUAUUAAAUAGCCUCCUCUCUAUAAGACUAUGGGUACCUUUUUUAUGUGUUACUCGCUUUGAUUUUAUUCUUCAUCAUUUAUUUUUAUACUGAUUUAUUUAAAUUGACUUAACAGUUGCCGUCCCUCAAUUGUUUGUGAAUGAUGUGUCUCCUCCUGGGCAGCGCAAAGUAAGGGUCUGGGCGGGUCUUCAGAAAUUGGUUAUUAGAACAGCACAUGUAUAAAAUUUCCAUCACAGUGGUACUUAAUGAUGCAACAAACUGUAAGCUAUUUUGCACGUAGCCUGCAGUCAAAUGACUUAGGUUGACUUAUGGGUGGAAUGUUAUUAAUAUUUUUCAUAAUUAAUAAACAUUAUUUAAAACACC